AUGGCAGACAGACUGAAUGACGGACGCCCUCUUGUGCAGGACAAACGCGGAUUCGCGUCUCAACAGCUCUCGUCUCUCAAGCAUUCCGCCUCAGGACAACAGCUCGGAUUUCUGGCGUCAAUCGCGUCGUCUCUGGGUCUUCGAGCUGGCGCGUCUUGCCAUGCACCGUACUAUCUGAUAGGCAAUUUCGUGUUCGCUCAUUUCAUCCUGGUACAGCGAACCUUUAAGCAGUACUACGGCAUCGACAACAACACAGCUCCACGAGAGAAUGUCGACAAGUACGGCGAGGCUGCAAUCAAAUCCGGCAAAAUCACCCGGGCACAGCUUGACAUGAUCAAGCGGGCCGGCGCUGCACACUCCAACCGUGUCGAGAACUACCCUGUCUUUGCUGCAGCGGUUGUGCUCGCCAUCGUUGCUGGCGUGCCGAAUGACGUGGUCAAUGCGCAAUGUCUUCUGUACAGCAUCUCAUCUAUCGCUUAUGGCGCGUGUUAUGUCUUGAUCGAUAGCACGCCUUUGAGUUUGCUGCGGACUGCUAGUUGGUACGGCGGAUGCUGGGCUUGCUUUCGCUUGUUUUGGGUCGCUGGGAAGGCUCUCAAUAAAUGA